AUGAAUCUUACUGCUAUCAUCAGGAAGUUCAUCAGCAUGCCUCCGAAAGUAAGGGGAAAAGGCAAAGGUCCUAUGCAAGGGGGACCGUCGACAGCGGGGCCAUCUCAUAGACGCACUCCAUCGGCGUCCUUCUCUACUUCUGACUCUCACGAUCUGUGGGGUCAACCUUUUCAGCCAGCAAGACAUUCUGUUUCGCUGAGCUCUUCACCCUCGUUUCACCCAUCCUUUGGGCCACUUAUCCCUGAUGAGCCCCAACAUUCACACCACUCACACCAAUCCCAUCAUUCUCAUCAAUCCCAUCAAUCACACCACUCUCUGCACUCUCAUUCAUUCCACCAUUCAGAUUCCAUUUACUCGCCGGCACAAUUCAACCCAAACGACUUUGUGAACGACUUUCUUGGUCACAACCCUUUGGGCCCUGAGGACAAUUUUUCUCAGGAGAUAGAGAUGGAUGAUGAUACAGAUCCAGAGAUGCAGACCGGAACGCCGGGUCAUCCGAUUAGUAUAUCAAGUGGAUCUCCAUUUCAGGGUUCACCCUACAAUGGACCCGAUUCGUACCAAGAGAAAAUGGCUACCUAUGAUUGGUUCUUUACUCCAUCAUACCAUAACUCCCCAUCUCAACCUCCCUUGAAUGACCCCCAACUUCAGGCAAUUUCACCUCCACCUCUUCCAGUUGAGGAGCCGCCUCAGCAGCUUACGCAACCACCUUCCGAACCUCUAAGGCAACGAAGGAAUGCACGCAUGUCUGUAUGGGGAGGACCUCGUUUCAGUUCUCCUCGAGGUUCGAGUUCCUACCCUCCCAUUCCAGAGGACCCCCCCAAUUAG